AUGGAGCAGAGACCCCCAAGAGUGCCCAAGCUGGCCUGGGUGAUGGAGGAGGAAGAAAGCCCUGAAAGUUCCUCAGCUGAGAAGACUGAAGAGGUGGUGCCGGUCCAGCAGCCGCAGGAGGGUGCUGCCACGGACCCAACACAAGAGCAGGAACCCACCGUUGGCCGCUUCCACAGAACAGCACGGCUGAUUUACAACUUCAUCAAGAGCAUUCGGCCCAAAGGGACCAGCAGCACGGGCACUAGGGUCAUAGCAUACUCAGACGUCUUCAAACAUGAAUUCUCUCCUGCCCUGCUGGAUUUGAUUGUGGAAAUGGGUGUUUCAAAACCCGACCAGGUGCCUGCCAUGGUGAGGUACAUCCACCAGUGGCUCCUGGCCAAUGAGUCUGCUGAGCACAGGCUGGACAGGAGCCUGCUGAAUCUCACUGAGGCACAGCCCACUGACGUGGUGAUGACUCUCCUGCGUGUGGCCCCAUCGUGUGACAGAGCUGCAGUGAUCAUGUGGAAGACGAUCAUGUCCUUACCCAAGACUGCGGAGGUGGUGCAGCAGCUACUCCUUGAUGUGCUGGGGAGCUGGCCAGAGUACAGCACGUGCACCUCUGAUGGGGACAGAACGGGUGUCUUUGCCCUGGCUGCAACUGUGGUGAUGUGGAAGAUCCUCCAGGAGCCUUGCUGCCCGCGUGUAGUGAUAGUGUUCUUCCCCCGCCUAUUUGUGCAUCUGCUCUUCCAAGUGUUCUUCAGCACUUUGGACAUGCCAGAGGAGGUCGAUAAAUUUUGGAAGAAAUGCCAGGAAGAACAUGGCCUUGCCACCAGCCCCAACAGAUUUGCAGUGCAGACCCUGAAGUCCCUGCUCUGCCAAAUGCAGUAUGAGGGUGUGGUGGUGUCAAUGGAACGCAAGCGUGCCUGGGACACGCUGCUCUGUGCUGACACCCACCACUAUGCAGUGGGUCUGCUGGCCAGGGAACUGCGCAAUGCCUCCAUGCACUUGUGUAAAAGCAUCUUAUGCUGCCUCCUUGAGAUGCUCAGCACAGAGAUGCCAUACUGGGAUUACCCUGCCCUGGCAUUCCUUGUGGAGGUCUUGGAUUGCCUGGACUUGAACGAAUGCACUGACAGAAUAAUGGAUGUCUUGUCAAGGCACCUGAAGUGCGAGUGCACAGAGAUUCGUCGCCAGGUUCUCAGGGCCCUCCUUCUGCUCAGGGACCAUCCCUUGCUGACCGAAAGAAUGUGGAACAUGAGCGAAAGCCUCGUGGAGCUCCUGCAAGACAAUGACAGUGACGUGGUCAGAAUGACCAUCAUGCUCCUCAGCUAUUUGUUCCUGGAUAAUAGCGCCCCGAUAGCCAGCCCCAUUGCCCUACAGCUGGCUGAGGCAGUCCUGCCACUCUUUGACCACGAUGAUAUGCAGGUGCAGGUGCUCUCCAUGUUUGUCUUUCGAACAUUGAUGACUUUUAUAGUAGAAGAAGGAAAAAGGCCCCUUAAGAUACAUGUGCGGCGGAGCCAACUACCACUUGUCUUCCACUGCCAUGAUGAGAAUCGGUGUGUGGCAGAGGCCUCUAGGACAACACUGCGCUGUGUGGCCAAGUUCCGAAAUAGGCCGGAACUUGAAAAACCUAUGAAGAAGGAGAAAGUCUGGAAGUUUGCCGAGUGCCUGCUGACAGAGGACGACACCCGAGUCGCCAAUUACCUACGGCAGGCACUGCAGUACCUGCAGAGCCCACAGGAGUCCCUGAGAGCAGCGGCCAUCAGGUUCAUUGGGCUCGCCGGGAGGACAGUGAGGAGGCAUCCGCAAGACCUCGAGGUGCUCUGCAGAGCCCUUGAACACACGACAGAUGACAGAAGCGGUGCCGUGUCAGACCUUGCACUUGAAACAUUGUAUGUCCUCCGGGCAAUACAGAGUGGGCGAUAUUCCAUCUUCCAGAGGCUUCAACAUCGGUUCCGCAGGGCAUGGAGGACACGACCUCAUCUGUCGGGCCUCAACUGGCUGAGCUGCUGGAGAUCGGCAGAGAGCUGAUCUGGGAGGCUCUGUCUCCUGGGGCCACCUGAGC